UUCUAGUAAUUAACACCAAAAUCAGAACAAUCAUGAGCACCAAUGAAAAUAACAGUGAAGUGGCCGUCGACAAGGUCGGCGAUGAGAAGAAGGCGGACGCCAAAAGUGACCUAAAAGGAGCCAAAAGGGCAGCAGAGGAGAAAACGACGGAAGCGAAAAAGGCGCGAAAGGAAGAAAAUGGCGGAGGCGGUGAUGACGAGCCACACAGUGAAGAGGAAGACUUAGAGGGAGAGGGCGAGGGAGAGGAAGACGAUGAUGAAGAAGUAGAAGGUGAAGAUGAUGACGAAAUUAUUGGAGAGGGAGAGGACGACGAUCUCGACGGCGAGGACGAGGAGGUGGAAGAGGAGCUACUCGGGGAGGAGGAGGAGGAGGAUGCGUAAUACGCCUCGUGCCUCUUUAUGGACAAUGUCACAGUGAUGUGUUAGUGCUCGUGACGGCCCGGACUGGCGCGGCCUCGCCUCGCCUCAACUGUCCACACUCAGCGACAGCCCCAACUACAGGACACUAACAACAGUUGGGAACACGCGGGGCCGACAACGCUCCCACCUAAAACGGGUGCAGUUUUAUUUAAAUGACAAAUGUAAUUAAUUAAGUCAAAUUCAAUGCAGAUUUUCAUUUUUUUUACAUUAUUUAAGUUCGGUACUGAAAGCUGUAUCUUUACUUUUUCGGCUCGUUAGCGAGCGUGUAAUUAAGACUUAGUAGAAUGCUGUUGAAUUUUGUCAUGAAAUGUACAAAUGUGUUUUUCGGAAGUAAACUUUAUUCUAAGUGAAAUCCGCUCUGUAUUCUAAGGUCUACCUGUGAGCCCGUUGAAUGGUGAAGUUGUGAUAUUUUUCUAUGCAGUACGAACUUAUCAGUUACUAAAAUAUAGAAGUAAGCCAGAUUUGGCAUGUUAUAGUAAAUAAGCUAUAAGUCACAAAGCUCAAUUCUUCAUUUUCUUGUUGUCGAUGAGAGUUUGUGUGUACAUAUUUAGCAUAAGUGAAGCCUGUGAUUUUUAUAAUCAGUAAUGUAACAUAGUGUGAACGUUGCAUUCAGGUUAAUAGUUUUCUUUUAUACAGAAUAUCCACAGCCGCGUUUCGAUUACACAAUCGUUUCCUCGUUCGACUCGAUCGCGUGUUGGAUCGAGUGAUAAACUGAUAACGAAAUAAACCUUAGAAAAUUAGUCAUUUAGCGAUAGAACCGGUACAGAUGGGUACCGUCCAGGGCUACCGAGUCAGGACGAGGAAGCGUCACCUUUGGCCGGCGUCCGCAGCCGCACGAGACGCGGUUCUAUUCCACACGUCCGUUUACUAGAAAAACAUCACAAUUUUGCCAUUAUCUCGCGCCCAUCGCGCGCCGGCCGCCCGCUCUCUGUGCGACCGAUAAAGAGAGCGCGACGGUCGCCGCCGCGCGAUAGCGAAUAAUAAAAAUAUAUCAAACCGGCCUGUAAUUUUUGUCCAUAACUGUUAAUUAGGAUAGACUCCAGCUCGGUACUCCAGUGUCUCACGGUGUGGAAUAAGAGAUUCCUAGGUUAAAGUGAUUUAGUAUGUAGGAUGUACGUCAUUUUUUAUGAAAGGACGCCACGGGCGGGGCGGGGCGGCGGCGCGUGGCCUCGUUCGAUUUGCCGGCGGCUCCGCGCCCGCUCGCCGCUCGCCCCGCACCACGACGCGGCGACGCGCUCUGUCGCGUGGAAAAUCACCCGUUGUGCGCUGUACAUCGCUGCUCCGGCCCGCUACCGGCCUGCCAGCGAUGUACUCGCACCACCCGCCUAGACGCCGAUCGUCACAUGAGCGUUUUUUGAUACUUCUUGUUGAAUCCGUUUUCACUCCGUUCAGUAUUUCGCGGGGCGUCGGUGUGCCGACACCUAUUUCAGAUGACUUAUGAUUUUCACGCAGCCGGCCCCGGCGGAAAUGACGAGAUGUUUUAAAAAGCAUUUAGCUAAUAAAUUGUUCCAUUCGCGAUCGAAUACCAAAGGGAGCAAAGAUAAAGAUGUUUUCAUUAGAGAAAAUUGACAUGGAAAUCAAUAAAAUUAUCUUAUGAGUAAAUCUUAUUGUCCCGCCUUUUCAUUUUUUUGUGGUAAGAAUGAGCUGUCGCAUAUUUGUACUAUGUACGACUUAUGUGAAUACCUUAGUACGAUUUUAUUUAUUUGUGAUGUUGAACACUAUUGAUUUUCUACAAUGGACGAAAUGUAAAUACAACCGAUUUAAGUAAAAAGUUAUUUUGUU